CAAUGGGAGUUGUUGCUAGGAUCUCCCGGGUCGUCGUCAAGUAAACCACAGGAAAAGUUGUGUUCCGUGCUUGCUAUUUAAUUUGCUUUUAUUUAUUCUUUAUUUCUGCAUGAAGUUGCCAAAUGUUUGUCCUGUCUUCUUUGCAGGGAAAGGAAUCAGGGGACCCUUAGUAGAAUCACAGUGAACAAGGUGAACACGGUAAUGAUAAGAGUAAGAACACUCCAGAAAUGUAUCAUCAUCAGACUGCAUUUCAGACUGCACGUCCAGGUACUGCAACUAUUCGAGUAACUGAUCUUGGGGAUUUUGAUUUGAUAAAUCCAAAUCCAGUCUCUAAAGAAGAUUCUGAAAUUCUUGUGGAUGAGUACCUUUCUCCAGCUAAACUGUUAGCACUAACAGGUGCAGAAGAUCUGAAACAAGUGAAGACUUUGGAAAUGCUUGUGUACACUCAAGAAAACAGCCUGGGAAAUUUUGGUGCUUAUUUACCUAACCUAAUCCAGCUAAAGCUGAACAACAGCAUGAUUGCCUCUGUAAGGGACCUUGGUACUACAUUGUCACAUUUAAAGGUAUUAUGGAUGUCACGUUGUGGACUGAUUGAUUUGGAUGGGAUACCUUCAUUCUGUUCUUUAAAAGAGCUUUACCUGGCUUAUAACAAUAUUUCUGACCUAAGUCAAGUAAGCAUGCUGGAUCACUUGGAAAUCUUGGACCUCGAAGGAAAUAACAUUGAUGAGACCAUUCAAAUCCAGUAUUUGGGAUUAUGCAAUAAACUGAAUACUCUGACACUGGAGGGUAACCCUAUGUGCUUGAAACCAUAUCCAAACUGCAGUGAGACUCAGGGCUACAACUAUAGAGCUGAAAUCAGAAAACUAAUCCCUCAUUUGAAGUACUUGGAUGAUAUCCCAGCUUCUAUGACCAACAUCUCUCCUGUUACAAAUCAUGAUGACUGGCUCAUUGUCAAGAAAUCCAUUAAAGACUUCACUUCCAAAGAAGACCCUGAAGCUUUAGAUGAACAAACAGAAACAGCAGAAAGAAGACCAGGAUCAAGUGUUCGUCCAAGCACAGGAAAGGUCAGCUCACAGCAAAGACCAUGGACUGCUCACAGGCCCAGCAGUGCAAACAGACCUGGGAGUGCUCGCCCUUUGUUUAAUGGCAACUCAAGACCCGAUUCAGCAAGUUCAGAUGACAUAGCUGUGGAAGAUGAGGCCAGUGCUUUAACACAUGGGAUCGGCAAAGUUAUUUGUGGAAAUCCCGUGAAGGCUUUAUGCUUACGGAAACAGAAAUUGGAAUCUGCAUCUAUAUCUUCGGAAACCACAUCCAGAUGGUAUAGUUUCAUACCUGAACACUCUUAUGACAAUGAGGAAAAUGGAGACAGAGAAGAUAUCUUUUCUGAGUUAAGAGCAUGGAGGAAAGCACAUGAUAUACGUCUUGAAAGUAUAAGAAAAGACAGAGAGCCACAGACACUGAAGAUAAAUCACAGUGAUGAAGAAGAGGAUGCUUAUGAUUGUGCAGAAGAUGAAUGCAGUACAGAUGAUAGCUAUGAUGAAGACCUGAAAGCAACAAAGUUCAACAGCUGUAGUCGUAUGUUUUCAUCAGACUCUCUUUCCAGUCCACCAUUACAGCAAGCAAAGUCCAUGAAUCAGCUACAUGUCAGAGAAAAUGCAUCAGCAACUACAGCUGUAAACUCAUCAAUUUCACCUUCUCCACCCCUUUGCCCAUCUCCUCCACAGCUUCAAGGUACUAAAAACAGACCACACAAAUCUAAUGAGUUUAGAACCAGACGAUUGAGAAUACCCCUCUGCAAGGAAGAAAAGUUUUUGCAAGAGCAAACUGAGAGACCUGACAGUCCAGAAAGGCAUGCUAUCCAAGCAGAUGAAGAAUUUACAGUUGAAGACAAUGAAACUACAUUUUCAGCUUUUGAAGACUUAAGACUUAAAAUUAAAGGCAAAAACUGUGCCAUUCAAGAUUGUUAUGAAAGCUUACAGCCAGUUUCUGGACCUGCUAUUCUUGGACCUCAAAGCAACAAGCAUGUUGUUGACAAGAAUCCACAGAAAUCAAUUGAUAAUUAUCCGCCAGUAAUUCGCUGCUCAGCACUCACAACAGAAAAACCUAUUGCUUUUAAUCCCAUUCGCUCAUCAACUGCGAGAGCUGCACUGCAGAGACUGCCUAACAGACCACCUAUAUCACCAAAUAAGUCCAGGACAGAUAUCUAACAAAAUUGUGUAAUUAUCUAGGAGAUACUUAAACAAACCCAUGAGUCUGAAACAGGCCGGGCUACUCAAAUUUUCCAUUAAGAUGGCAAAUAAAACCUGUUUGCACUGAGACUCUGUAGCGGAAUGUGGAAUAAAAGUUUUGGGGGGUUUUGGCACAACAACUUUAUAAGAAUGAUCACUGGAUAAAUUCUGGACAUUGUUGUAGAAAAUUUAUACAAGAUAAAAUGAUUAUUUUCCAUCGAUCCACCAUUGAAAAUGUAAGCUUCAUACCUGUCUGUGAUAACCUCUCAUUAGGUCAUGUAAUGAAUAUUUCUUUUUUAAUCAUGCAUAUUGUCCAGAUUUUUAAAUGAACUCUGCUGCUUACAUUAAAAAUGGUCUUGUAUAACCUUCUUUCUUUCUUUUGAAUCUAAAGGGAAUAAGCUAUUUCUGUACAACGAUGACAAUAUUUUUGUUUCUAAUUCCUUAUUUGAGAAUUUAAUGUUCAUUUAUUUUUAUACUUAACUUUCAUUUAAUGCUGAUGCAUCCUUAUUUAAUUUCCUUUUAAUGCUCAGCAUCCAUGUACUGCAGCCAAAAUAAUAUAGUUUGUCAAUAUUUUCAAACAAGUCUGUGCAACAUUCUGCAGAAGCUAUUGUAUAAUUAAACAGAGCAAGAAGAGGGAACAAUGUCAGAUUACAUAGUAUGACCUACAACUGUAGGUGAGACUGUGUGCCAUCAGUUUCAUUUCUUUGUUCUUGUUUUCUUACGUUUUAUUCUAAUGCCAUGUUUCUAACUGAAAUAAUAUUUUUGUUGAUUCCAAGAGCCCAACUUCAAAAUGUUUAGUAAAAAAA